AUCAUUGCGGCAAUCACCUGAAGAGCUUGACUGAAGUGACUGAAGUCAAGACUUUACUGCAAUGACCAGUGUGGACUCUCCAUCCCGACUUGCUUUCUCGGCUCUCAACAGUUCCGACGGCUGGAUAAUGACUAUAAUAAUCGUGUUCGGCUCAUUGAUCUAAUUUUAAUGUCCCCGAUACCGCAUCAGUGAUUCUCUGCGGUCGUGCGGGCAAGGUCGUCCUCUUCACCUUACCUCUAACCAUGGCAUUACCACAGGAAUGUGUAGCUAAUCAAGCCAAUUCGGACGAUAGUCUAGUUUUACUCGACCCGGGCACCGAAGAGAGAAGAUUGCUUCGAAAGUUGGAUGCGAGGAUUCUUACCAUUGACCUGUGUACUUUAUCUCUUCGCUUAUCCAACCUAGGAAAUGCACGAUUGCAAGGGUUGCCCGAGGAAGCUCUCGGAGGAGACCCUACAGGUGUCCUCUUCGGUCGAGUGAACGCAGCCUUUUACAUAACCUAUACUCUCUUUCAGAUACCAUGGACCGUUCUUUCAAAGUACCAUAGCCCUCGACUGUGGAUUGGCAGUUCCGCAAUACUAUGGGGUCUCUGUUCCACUCUAAUGUCUACUGCGAACAGCUUUCCCCAGCUACUGGUAGCUAGAUUGGCCCUUGGGGUUUUUGAAGCCGCCUUCGGUCCAUCCGUGGUGUUAUACUUUUCUUUUUACUAUACCAAGAGUGAGUAUGGGACGCGGGUUGCAUAUUGGUUUGGGUUUGCUGCAGUCGCUGGAGCCUUUGGUGGUUUGCUUGCGUACGGGAUACAAAACACCGAAGUAUCUAUUGCACACUGGAGGCUCUUGUUUCUCCUAGAAGGACUCCCCACCGUCUUACUUGGGAUGCUCUGCUUAUUUAUACUGCCUGGUAGACCAGAAUCGACCGACUUCCUUACUCCCGCCGAACGGAAAUUGGCCAUUGAGCGCGUCAAUAGAGGCACGAGCAGCGACGUCGGUGCUACGAUAAACUACGAUCACGUCGUAGCAGCUUUUCUGGAUUGGAGGGUAUACGUGGCUGGUAUCAUAUACUUUGGCCUUAAUUGUGCCCUGGGUUCCCUGUCCGCCUUUUUGCCCACCAUCAUAUCCACUAUGGGUUUUGGCAGUGCUGCACUAUCCCAACUCAUGGUGGUCCCACCAUACGCUGCUGCUGGACUAGCUCUCAUAAUUUUGUCAUACCUGUCGGAUAAGAUGCGGACCAGGGGUGUCUUCAUCGUCGCCGGAUGUACCUUCGGAGGGUUAGGCUACCUUAUCCUGUUAGGGGUGACACACAACCAACUCGUCCGCUACUUCUCCACCUUUUGCGUUGCCAUCGGAACGUAUACAAGCAUAGCUUUGGUGUUGGCAUGGUUCGCCCACAACUUAGGCUCGGAGACCAAGCGAGCAACAGGUAUGCCCCUUUUUGGAGCGAUCGGUCAGUGUGGUAGCAUUCUAGGCUCCCACUUAUACCCUUGGACAGAGGGACCUGCUUACAGGCGUGGUUUCGGAACUUCAGGUUCUUUGAUGUUCCUGGCGGCCAUCUGUGCGUUGGUACUAAGCGCGUCAUACCGUUUGGAGAAUAAACGACGGGACAACCUGUACGGAGAGCCAGAAUUAGACGAGAGAGUGGAUACUUCAGUGCUCGCUGAUAAGGCACCUUCGUUCAGAUACGUACCCUAAUUAUCAGAGAUGUCGGCCCACUUUACCUCGUGGUUCUUACAAAUUAUCGAAUACCAAAUGUGGAGGUCCUGGAUGCCAGGUCUCAGGGCCCAAA